UGAUCCAGAGCGCACAGAGACAGCUGUGUUGCUCCUCUAUCGCGGGGGUGGUAUGGCCAGAGUAGUGAGAGAAGGUGCUCUGUUACACCCAGCAGGAAAUAGGUGCUGUCCUGGGCCUAGACUCCCCGCCCGCUCCUUUGCUCGCGCACACCCGGAUCCUUCGCCGCGGGGAGGAUGUUUCCGCCCGGCCGCGGUGGGCGUGACGCAACGUCCAGCGCGCGCUUUUCAUGCCUUGGCGUUUCCUUUGGCGGAUUUUCUGUUUUCAGAAGUUGCUGGGUUCGUUUUAUUCAGCGGCAGUGGUGCUUUCCCGAAUCUCAGAAUGCCUGUUAAAAGAUCACUGAAAUUGGAUGGUCUGUUAGAAGAAAAUUCAUUUGAUCCUUCAGAAAUCACAAGGAAGAAAAGUGUUAUAACUUAUUCUCCAACAACUGGAACUUGUCAAAUGAGUCUAUUUGCUUCUCCCACAAGCUCUGAAGAGCAAAAGCACAGAAAUGGACUAUCAAAUGAAAAGAGAAAAAAAUUGAAUCAUCCCAGUUUAACUGAAAGCAAAGAAUCUACAACAAAAGACAAUGAUGAAUUCAUGAUGUUGCUAUCAAAAGUUGAGAAAUUGUCAGAAGAAAUCAUGGAGAUAAUGCAAAAUUUAAGUAGUAUACAGGCUUUGGAGGGCAGUAGAGAGCUUGAAAAUCUCAUUGGAAUCUCCUGUGCAUCACGUUUCUUAAAAAGAGAAAUGCAGAAAACCAAAGAACUAAUGACAAAAGUAAAUAAACAAAAACUGUUUGAAAAGAGUACAGGACUUCCUCACAAAGGCAUUAAGGCUGACUUGCCCAUUACCAGAUUUUCCCAAAGGACUGAGUUCCUGCAUACAGGAGACUGUAUCACUAAACCAUGUUUGUAAAUUUCUAAUAAUCAUUGAUUUAAAUGAAAACGCAGUUUAAAAAAUAUAUAAUACAUAGUAUCUAUAUAAGUAUGUCAUAUAUUAAUGGGUGUUCUAUUCUAUUCUAUGUAGUCAUCGUCCAAUUCUGUUUCUUGGCAGGAGCUACAUUAGCUCUUUAUAUUUCCUGAGGUAUUAAAAACUUCAUUAGCUUUUUAACUAAUUUUGGGAAAUUCAUAUUGCCUAAAAAAUAGAUUAAAGCUUAUUUUUGUUGUAAUUUGAUUUUGAGCUAUAUAGUUUUCCUGAGUACUUUUGCUACCUCUUUCUCUGGUUCCUAACAUACAUAUUAGUUUUGGGGGUUUUUUGUUCGUUUUGUUUUUUGGUUAAUGAUUAUGUACACACAAACAUCCACACACAUGUAAAUUUUUUUUACUAAGCUAACAACUUUUACCCUUUUCUGCUCAUACAUUCAUUUUAAGAGGAUUUUGCUAAUUCUUUUGACAUCUUAAACUAGUUUGCUUUAUAUGUCCCUUAUUUUGCAAUCUGGCCUUGAAAUUUCCACUUUCUUUUAUUUAUUUAUUUUUACUAUGCUAUUACACAGAAUUGUUUAAAUUUUAAAAUGUUUUGGGAGUUUGUCAUAAUAUUAGAAAAUAAGUAAAAUAAAAAUCAUCCCUAUAAGGUGUAUAGGAUUUAUUAAGGUAAUUAUGAAAAUUAGAAUAAGCCAAUUACUUGUUUCACUAUCAAAAGAAUGUCCUUCAGAUUCUUCUGGGUUUUUGGUGGGUUUGUUUGUUUGUUUGUUUUUUGGUCUUUCAGAUUGUUAAAAAAUUUUCCUGGAAUAGUUAAAAUAGACAAUACCAUGAGAAUUUCAAUAUUUAUGCUAUCAUUGCCUCUUCUAAUUGGUCUUUUAGUUCUAGUAAUAUUUAUUUUUUCACUUGAGUGGGAAUUUCAGUUAACGUCAGUUACAGUCUUUAUUACAGGAAAAGUAGAAUUGUAAAAAUAACACUAGUGUUUUAAAUAAAUAGACAUCUGACACACAUUCUUAAGGCUUUAUAUAACUUAUUCAAGAGAAAUUUAAAACAUACACAAUAAUUAAAAGGCACAUUGAGAUUUUCAUAGUGUCAUAAGAACUGGACCUGGUAAAUCAGGGGAUGCCUUGAUGAGAGUAUAUGAAUAAAAGAGGAUGUCCUCUGCUAAACACAGAUUUCUUAAACAAAGGAAGGCUUCUUUCUUUCUUCAGUUACUUAGGAAAUAAGCCUAAUUUUGCUUUCUUCAAUAACACUGGCUUUAUGACUAUUAGGAAAAUAAUGAAAUGAAAGGUUCUUUUUCUGUAAGAUUUGGAUGUGAAUUUUCAUAAUUAUUUUAAAUUUGUUAUGCUGAAGACUUAAGACAUAUGACCAUUCAGUGGGCUGAUACAGAUGAAAUGUCACAUUAUCGUCACAUGGUGAGGCAUGAAAUUUACUUUCCAUAAUCAACCUCUACUUAAAACAACUUGUUACAGAUGUUCCUUAGUCAAUAGAUGGCAUUAUAUAGUAGUUAAUAUUUUCAGUUUUUUCUGAAGAUAAUAAAAAAUACCAUCAUUGUUGGUCUAUGACUAGUACUUCCAAUAAACAAAAUGUUUUUGAAAAGAAUGUAAGCAAAUUGUAGAGCAGUUGCCAAGAUAUGAAAUCUAGACACUUAGCUUCAGUCCAAAACAUAUUUUAUCUGUUUUGAGAAUAAUUGUGUAGGUUGCAGUAUGCAUAUUUUAAAUGAAAUGGAACCAUCUGAACUUUACAUUGUUCAGUGUUUCAGCUGUUUGUAAUAGAAAAUAUUUCAGAAUUUCCAACUUUGGUCUGUUUUAAAAAGCAUAAACUACAAUGUUCCUGUUUUCUUUAGUUAACUUUCUGUAUUCUUACAUAGUAAAAUUCAUCUUGGUUAUAGGAUUUUAAAGUUAUCAGAUUCUUAGACAACAGGACAAAUUUAAAACUCUUUGUGUUCUAACACUAUAAAAUAGUUUGAUAUUGCCUCUUCAUUCUAACCACCCACUGAAGUAUUUUUUAAACAUAAAAAUAUGUUGUUCUUUCCCCCACUCAGGCUUGAAAAAGUAUUCAUCAUACCAGCUGAAUAAUUUCACUCCCAGAAGACUACUACCCUUUUAGUUUUCUAUUUUAUCUUAACAUUAAACAAUAUAUUUUUUUCAAACAGAUACUUCAAUUUUAAAAGCACUGAGGUUUGAAGUUUAGACAUGACGACUUUUAGGAGAAACAACAGAAAUUCCCCCUAUGCUUUAACAUUCUGGGUUUAUCUGGAGAUAAAAAAUGGAGCCAUUAAUUUUGAUAGCACAAAUAUACAUUAAUGUACAACUAUAGUCCUCAGCUCUUUAUAAUGAUUCAGCUAUCAUGUAUGCCAUAUGUGAGUCAUGACCUUUCCUAUUAAUAAUGUUAAUGCUCUUGUUUUACACGAUUCGUCAUUGUUUUGGGGUGUGCAUUUCAGCUGCUAAAAAUGCUUACUUGAGAUUUGUCUAGGAUUUAAGUAAAAAUAAACUGGUUUAUUACUUUUCAAAGCCUUUUAAAUAAUUUCUUUCAUGAUUUAAAUUUUUUAUACUUUAACAGAAGUAUGAUAAUUUUUCUUUCAAAUAAAAUCAGUAGAAAAAAUUUUAAACUAUAAAUUUGGACUCACUUAAUAGCAAUUAGGUAUUUAAGAGGUGUAAAUAACUUGCUAUCAGACAUUACAAAUAUCCAGGUGCUGUGUAUGUGCUGAUGACAACAAAAUUGAAAAGAGAGACUGUAAUAAUUCUGACUGGUUUUCUCUGCAGAAGAUAUUGAUUAUUUGUAUGUGGUGAGAGAUUUGGAAAAUUCAAUUAAAGGAGUUGUGCAAAGGUUUCAUAAAUUUUCUUUCUACAGCGUGUACACAGACAUUGUUGCGUAUUAAAUCAAUGCAGCACUUCACAAUAUAUUUUCUUUGAAACAUAAAAAUAAAUAACAUUUAAACAGUUCUGCUUACUACAGAAACAAAUUUUAUUUUCUGUGAAGCAUUUAGUCAUGUGCUAUCACUGACUCAUACACAUUUGCCAGCUGUAACAAAUUUUAUAGACAUUUUCCCCAGAGACAUAUCUCACAUACUAUGAAUUUUUAAAUGAGCAAAUGGUGAAGAAGGGAUGUCAGCAAUAUAAAAAUUGAUCAGUUAAAAGAUAAAAGCAUAAGUAAAGAGAUUUGUAUGGUAGUCUUAAUAGGUUUUAUUAAAUAAAAAUACUGUAAAAAGACAGUAAUGAAUAGACUGAAGACUAUUUUUGAGGUGGAGAAAAAUUAUUCUGGCACAUUUAGUAGAAACUGUUUUGUGUCACCUGACAGGUGAACUUUUUUUUCUCAUUUUUAACUCUCAGAGUAGUCAAAAAAGACCCACAGAAAAAGAGUUAGAUAAAUUAUCUAAGUGGUUUACAUAUUUUAAACACAAUAAAGCAAAUGUUUAUAGUAUUAUAUAACUAGUUGUAUAGUUAAAAGCAGGACUUGGUAAUUAUUAAAUAUUAGGUGAUUUUUCCUCCAGCUCAGGCCUCAGGUAAGAGGAGGGUAGUCAUUUUUAUUCAUACUAAUCACACCAAGUGCUUCAGCCCUCUGGAACCUCUCUUUCAGGACCCCAGAACACUUUGCUACCUUUCCCUCUGCCUAGAUUGCUUUUUUCUCUGUCUUGCAAACUCCUGCUCAUCCUUUAAGGUCAGCCUCAGAUGUCACAACCUCUGUGAAGCUCUCCCCAGCUCUCCUAGGUAAAGCUAAAUUGCUUAAUCUUCGAGGCUCCCACAACACUUGUCUGAAUAUUUUACAUGUAUCAUGUUGUAGUGCAUUGUAAUUGCCUGGUUACAGGACUCUUUCUGGGCUCCUCUUUGGCAGACAAACAAAAAGUCUUAUCUAUGUACGAUAGUUUCAGAGCCUAGCACAGUGCCUGGAUAGAGCCUGGAAAGAAGUUCCACAUGCAGUGCAGCCAAUGUGUGAUGAAUGAAAAGAACUUUUUUAAAAGAAUUAUCUAAGUAUUUUCAAAUACUUAUAAAUUGCUAUUUUCUUACCUCAUUAAUGUUUAUUGAGUGCCUACCAUGCUCCAGGCACUAUUCUAGCAUUGGGGACACACUGACAAACAAGGCAGACAUAGUCUUGCCCUCAGGAGUAUAGAAUCUAGCACAAAUGACAGUCAUUUUAGUAACUAUAAGGAGUAUACUAACAAUGGUAAUAAGCAUGUAUUGUAAUAAAUGUCUGGGAAGUUUUUGUAAUAAAUUUGAAAAUGUAUAUUCUGAAAUAGAAUCAGGCUAACUAUAGCAUGUUGAAAUGAGAAUUUAUAGCCUCAGAGCUGCUAUUAGUGUAAAACAAGACUUUAGGUUGUUUUAAUUUCAUUUUGCUUCAACAUUUAUUCUGCAUCAUAUACUGUGGCAAGUUGCUUUGAAUUGUUUUCUGAAAAAAAAAAAGAAAAAACCUUUCUUUC